CACCCUCCGCCAUGCUCCGCGCUGCCCUCCUCCUCGCGCUCGUAGCCGCCGCCGCCGCCUUCACGGCCCCUCACUCUGCUGGCCUUCGCCUCAGAUCCGCUACCCCAGCCAUGAGCAUGAAGGCUGAUUCCAAUAUCCGCAUUCCCGAGGGUGUGAAGAAGGCUCUCGCCCCCGCCAUCGCCUUUGCUGGCGCUGCUGCCCCUGCCUUCGCUGAGGGAACCGGCGAGGCCCUCGGAGUCGAUGAUGGCAAGCUCUUGAUCCCCAUCAUCGUUGUCCCCCUCUUCGUUUUCUUGCUCUUCCAGGGAUUUGCUGCUAACCAGGACAACGAGGACUUCUUUGACACCUAUGACCAGCGCCGCCGGUAAACUUGUCGAGUUUCAACACGUCAAGUCAGCAGAUGUGUGAUGUGUGAUUCUUUCAAGUAAAGCUAUUGUUUCUUUGUUGACUUGAAAUGUAAAAAUUCGAAAAAAACAAAAAACACGAAAUGAA